GGGAGGAAAGUGACCUGCCCAAGGCUACACACUGUGCCUAGAAGGAAGAGCUGGGCUGGUUCGCCCCACUAGCUACCUCUCCAUGUGACUCUGGGUAAGUCACGUUCCCUCUCUAGGCUCUGAUUCCUCCUUUGAAUAAGGAAAGAGUUGGACAGCUGAGCCCAGGGUUCCUUCCUGGGCUGUUCUUCCAUGUGACAAGGAAUUGCAUCAUUUCAAAAUACCCAUGUCAGAAGACAGGGCCACCCUCAAGGUCACCAGCGACCUGAAAGCUGCUGUCUCUGCCAUCCUCCAGGGCUACGGGGACAGGCAGGGGCCAGUGACGGACGCCAGUGCUGAGCUGCACAGACUCUGCGGCUGCCUGGAGCUGCUGCUGCAGUUUGACCAGAAAGAGCAGAAGAGUUUCCUGGGGCCUCGGAAGGAUUACUGGGGGCAGCGAGGGGACACAGAGGCAGCCCGCUUCGUCCGCUCACAGGACAAGUUGAAGACCCCUCUGGGAAAAGGCCGUGCCUUCAUCCGCUUCUGCCUGGUCCACGGACAGCUGGCCGAGGCUCUGCAGCUCUGUCUCCUGAACCCAGAGCUCACCAGGGAAUGGUAUGGCCCCCGGAGCCCUCUGCUGUGCCCAGAACUCUGGGAAGAUAUCCUGGACUCUCUCUACGCUCUCAGUGGUGUGGCCUUCGACUUGGACCUGCAGCGCCCAGAUCUGGAUGGGGCCUGGCCCAUGUUCUCAGAAUCACGCUGUUCCAAUUCCAGCCAGACCCAGGGAAGAAGACCCAGGAAAACCAAAGAUGCCCCAAAGGAGAUCCCAGCUGCAUAUGAAGGUCCCACAGGAGUCCAGCUGGACGAGCCACACGCCAGUCAAGUCGGCUGUCUGCAAGAUGCACCUGGGGGACACCAGUUGGUGAGACUCCCUGGGUCCCAGCAACAAAGGCAUGUUCCCCACGUUUUGGAAAAGAAGAGAGAAGAUUCCAGGAGCCUUGGACCCUCCCAGAGCAUGUGGGAACCAGAGGGGGAGGAACUUCAGCUGGACCAGGAGGAGGGAGCCCCGUGGAUUGAAAUCUUCCUGGAGAGCUCUACACCCAGCACCCAGGGACAGGUGCAGGGAGCCAAGGGGGCUCAGAGCGAGGUGAGAGGGAUGGAGGCUGAGCGCAGAGGGCUUCUGCCAGGUGCAGAGGGUCAGGGAACCACAGAGGGGACUCCUGAAGGGGAAGCAGAGUGGGGUCAUGCCCAGAGGCUGCUGGGCCCCAGCCCCAGAGGAGUGACAGAAGAAACAACGCCAGGGAGCAAGCAGGAGCAGGAGGAGCCGAGCACUCUGGGGGAGUCCUGGGUCCUCCAGGCCCUGGGAACAAAGGAAGGCUGUACCACAGAGAAGCUACAGGAGCACACAGGAGUGUCCGGUGUGGCCAGGAGGGAGGAGCAAGCUGAGGUGGCCCUGCAGGACGUGGUCAAGAGCCUCAAGCAUGAACUGCAGAAGGCCAAGGAGCUGGCCCAGCGCCAGGAGCAGCUGCUGAGGGGACAGAAAGGGGAGCUGCAGGCACUUCAGGAGCAGCUCCGCAGGUGUCAGGAGGAGAGAGCCCAGCUGCAGGCACAGCUGGAGCAGAAGCAGCAGGAGGCUAAGAGGAGGGACGCCAUGUACCAGGAGGAGCUUGGAGGCCAGCGGGACCUGGUCCAGGCCAUGAAGAGGCGGGUCUUGGAACUGAUUGCGGAGAAGGACCGCCAGUGGCAGAGGCUCCAGCAUCUCUCCUCCGUGGCCGCUGGGUGCUGCGUGGGCUGCGGCAAGAUCUUCGGCCGGCUGUCUCGGCGGUAUCCAUGCAGGCUCUGCGGAGACCUGCUCUGCCACGCCUGCUCUGCGGGCUCCAAGAAGAGAGAGUGCUGCUGCCCACCCUGUGCCCAGGGAGUGGCUGCCCGGGUCACCUGACCACAGCAGCCCACCCCACCCAAUCCACUCCUGCCCUCGGCUCUCCCCGGCCCUCUAUUAUGUCCAGUCCUGCCUUCUAGAAGCUGGCGGUCCAAAGCAAAGCCCUCGUGCAGGCAGACAGCAGUGUGCAGAGAGGGAAGAGCCAGACUGGCAGGCAGGAGACGGGUCCCAGCCCUGCGUCUACCCUGAUGAGCCGGGUGACGUGGCACAGCCCUCGGCUCUCGAGGCUUUUUCUCUGUCUCUAUCUUAACAAAGUCGGGCUCCAUCCUCUCUAAAGUCCCUUUGAGGGACUUUGAGCACAGCACACACAUGCUGUGAGCAAGACCCCGGCAGCUCCAGCCUCUCUCCUCUGCACCCCCUCACUCAGCUGCGGCUCCCACCCUUCCUGAUACGUGAGGGACGAAGCCUGCUGGGUCUUGGGUUCUUCAGUAGCUUCCUGUCUGGAGUCUGCUUCAGAAGGCUGUAUUUGUGUUGUUUUAUUUUGGUGGUUUUUUUUUUUU